AUGUCAACAAACACAUCCACCGCGAAAGGAAGGCAUCACAAAGAUAAGAUAUCUGCUCAAUUUAAAGCAGAAGCCGUUGUUGAGGGUCGCGUUCCAAUCAAGCCUCAGGAUGAAGUGGACAUUCAGGGAGCUCGAGAAGUCCUCGAACUACGCUCCCGCCAGCACAUUGGAAAAUCUUACAAGGUCAAAGUUAUCGGUACCGAUACCCGAAUUAUUCUGAAGAGAAAAGCAGUUGUCAGUUCGGCCCCACGGGAAUUAUCUUUAUUAUGCAAUGAAGUACAUCGCUUCUUUAUAUUUGCACGCGAUCCAAAGUUGGUAAUCCUUGUCGUUCCAGACCAACCGGAGGGAAAUCGAGCCUACUUAUUACUAAAGAUGAAGAGCGAGUCUGAUGCAAAUCGAGUCUGCAACGUAAUACAGAGUGGACGGAAACGACUAAGCUCUCAAAUUUCUUCAGGACAACCUGUCACACCCUCUCCUGGUCAAUCAAGAACAUCUGAGGUUGGUGGUGCCGAAGAAGGUGAAGUCGAAAUGCAGGAGAACGGGAAGUCAGUUGACAGGCCACUUUCGUACAAAGUGGAAGAGGUUGAGAGUGGGAAGACUGAUGACGAGGAAUCUGAUGCACCAAGCACACCAAGCACCACUAGAAAGAGCGCACAUUCUUCCCCUGAAACCUCGCCACGGGAAAUCACACCCACUGAAAGGACUACUGAAGCAGCAUCGAAGCCUAGCGAUGCUGAAGAACCUCGCGUCGAGAGUACAGUUAGAAAUGAGGUUCGUUCUGCUGUUCCAGUUGGACUAGAAGCUGACCUGUCGGUGUCGGAUGAUGAAACCUCGCCAAGGUCUCUUCCACGCACCCCACUGCACGUCGAUUCAACUCCGUCUACAUCAUCGAAAUCGCAAAAAAGCAAGUCCCGCCCCCAUCGUCGGGAAGCACCGGUCACGGAGGAGAUGUACGUCGAUCCGCCGAAGAACUGGAAAGUCGCACAGCCGCUGUACGCCAGGCGGGAGUCUGAAUUGCGAGCCGCCUUGAUGAGGGACUUGUAUGACGAGGAUUGGGCUGUCGAUGUGAAGUUAAUUCAAACCGAUGGCAAUUUCGGAUGCCGGCUGUCGGAUACUGGAAACGUGUACAUGUUUACUGCUCACCACCUAGUUCCAGAAAAUUACAGCUACUUUGAGUGCAGUUCCAGCAGUGAUGAAGAGGUUGAAUUAAAAGAAAAACCGCUAAAAAGAGCCUCCAAUGGCACUUCCGACUUUAAUCAAGCCAAAAACGUUUCCCCGGAGAACGAAAAUGAAGCAAAUAGGGGGUACCUUGCAAUGAGCAAAGCAUAG